GAAUGGAAAUUGAUUAAUUGUGUCAUCCCUUGUUUUCACUGAAUGUCUUUUUUUUCCUCCAAUCAAUUUGUUCUGGUUUUCCAUAACUACAUGACUGCACAUCCUUUUGAUACAUUAUAAAAUUAGGUUUCUUUUUUUUAUUAUUUUUUCCCACUUUUAUAGCGUUAAUUUGGUGUUUAUAGUGACUAUUUUUCUAUUCAACACAUUUUAAAACUUGACACGAUUGCUCACACCUUUAACUUUAUAAUGUUAGCCUCCUGCUGAUGAUUCCUCUGCAAAAGAGAAAAAUGAAAAAAGUGAGCGCGUGCACACUCAGGUGUGCCUGUGUGAGCGUGCAGCUGCAGCUGCAGCGCGUGUGGCGUGCCGCGGCUGACGUCAGGAGCGCAGUGGAGUGAGAGGAGUUGAAAUAGGGCAGAACAGGCGCGCGGGGCUGAGAGGGAAGCAACCCGAGGAGCCGGAGGGUGGCAAGCUGCCGCUGAGAGUUGGAACUCGCUACCCGUCGCUACUCACGCAGCUGUGACUGAAACCACUACCACCACCAGAAGCAGCAGCAGCAGCAGCAGCAGCAACCAUCCUUUGAUCCGACCAUCUCUGCCUACCGGGAGGAGAAGACGGCUGGAACUACAGAGCAGUUUGGACGAGUCACUGCAAGGACGCCUGUGGCAUAUUUGCGGCAAUUUGGCUUUUUUCCCCCUUCACACCUUUUACCUCGGAGCUUCACAGGUUUCAUGGGCAGCCUGGGUGUUUGGGCCGUGGCUGUGGCCGCUCUGCUGGGGACGUCGGGAUGCUGGCUGGCUGAAGGGCACAAGAGCAACAAGCGAGGCAGCAUGGAUAGAGCGUCGCAUGUUUCCUCCCAUGAGCUACAUCCUGGGGGGAAGGGAAAGGCAGACGAGAACAUCUAUCAGACUCCUUCUGAUCCAGAUGGAGACCCGUGUCGGAGAACCAACUGUGGUCGAGGUCGACAGUGUGUCGUGAUGGCUGGAACUGGACGAGCUGAGUGCGUUUGCCAGGAACACUGCCGACCCUCCUUUGUUCCAGUGUGUGGGUCGGAUGGCAGGUUCUAUGAAAACCACUGUGAGGUGUACCGCACUGCCUGUCUGGAGAGGAGACGGAUCUAUGUGGUUCACAGCAAAGACUGCUUCUUCAAAGGCAGCGCAUGCACCAUGUCGGAGUACAACAAGCUGAAGAACACACUGCUAGACAUGCAGCCAAAAGUACUGGAGAGUGGAGAGCAGAACCAACAGAGGGACAUGGAGGAGAAGCGAGGGUUGGUGGACGCCAUGUUUCAAUACCUGGACGUGAACCAGGACGGCCGACUCAUCGCCGAGGAGCUAGAAAAGAGGUUGUCCAGCUCAGUCUGGCAGAGGAGCAGAGAGUCAGCAUCUCCACGGUAACCGUGGGGCUGAGCGCUGUUCUCACCUGUGCGAUUGAGGGAACACUGCGUCCACCAAUCAUCUGGAAGAGGAACAGGAUCAUAUUAAACUUUCUGGACUUGGAGGAUAUCAAUGACUUUGGUGAUGAUGGCUCUCUGUACAUCACCAAGGUGACAACAAUCCACAUGGGAAACUACAGCUGUCAUGCUUAUGGCUAUGAAGACCUCUACCAGAUACAUGUGCUGCAGGUGAAUGUCCCUCCAGUGAUUUUGGUCUACCCAGAGACCCAAGCCCAGGAGCCCGGCGUGUCUGCCAGCCUCCACUGCCACGCCGACGGGAUCCCAAAUCCCAAACUCCUCUGGCUGAAGAAUGGCAUGGAUCUGCAGGCUAGCUCCUCCAAACAGCUUACUCUCAUAGCAAACGGUAGCGAACUCUUCAUCGGCAGUGUUCGGUACGAGGACACGGGGGCUUACACCUGCAUAGCCAAGAACGAAGUGGGCGUGGACGAAGACAUUUCCUCUCUAUUUGUUGAAGAUUCAGCCAAGAAGACCCUUGCAAACAUUCUUUGGAGAGAAGAAGGGCUGAGUGUAGGAAACAUGUUCUAUGUGUUUUCUGACGAGGGCGUCACCGUUCUGCAACCCAGCGAAUGUGAAAUACGGAGACACAUCAAGCGGACAGAGAGGAUUGUUACCACAUAUGAGGAGAUGUGCCCCAAAGGUGAGGGAGUGUCUCCUCAGCGCUGCGUGUGGUCCUCGGCAGUCAACGUCAGGGAUAAAUACAUCUAUGUUACACAGCCUCUUCAAAGCCGCCUGCUAGUUGUCGAUAUCCAAGCACAGAAAGUUGUUCAGGCGGUGGGAACAGAUGCUUUUCCAGUGAAACUGCUUUAUGACAAGUCUCAUGACCAGGUGUGGAUUCUUACGUGGGGAGAUAUGGACAAAACACACCCAACCCUGCAGGUCAUUCCUCAAGCCAGUGUUGGAGAAGUUCAUCAUACAAUCCGGACAACUUUCCAGAGGGUGAACGACUUCUUCAUCCCUCCAACUAACCUCAUCAUCACUCAUGUGAGGUUUGCCUUUGUCUUCCUCAAAAAUGAACCUGCGAUCCACAAGAUUGAUCUGGAAACCUUUCACCGUGUCAAGACCAUCAGCCUGAAGAACUACAGCUGCAUACCCGCCAGCAUGGCCUACACACACCUGAGCGGGUUCUACUUUGUCCAGUGUCAGAGCAAGAGUCGUCUGCAUGCCCCACCCCAGCUCCUCAUCGACAGCGUGACAGACGCUGUGAUUGGCCCGAACCUCAAUGUCACAGGCCAGGCGUAUGUGUCACCUGAUGGGCGUUACAUUGUGACACCUGACCCACAGAGCUCAAAGCUCACGGUACAGACAGUCUCAUUCCAGGGGGAGUUAAAUCUUAACAAGGAAAUAGACAAGUCUCUAAAUGUUUCUGAUCUAGUUUUCCAGCGAUCCUUCACGGAGUCUAACCAGCACGAGAUCGUGGCCACAUCAAGCUCAGGCACGGACCUGCUCUUUGCUGAUCUCUCUUUGGGUCGAACCGAGGUUCUCCAGAGUCUCAAGGAGCCCUUGGCCCCCAAGGCUUGGCCCUGGGCAGGCCCAAACCGAGUGGUGGUCUCCAGUGGGUUGUUUGGACAGUACCUGGUGACGCCAUCCAUUGAGUCUCUGUUCGUCCUUAACGGAAAGCAGAGAACGCCACACUGCGAGGUGUCAGACAUCAAAAGAGGAAACACAGUGGUUUGGGUUGGAGACGUAUGAGUUAAAGACAAUAAAGAAAAGCAGGAGAUGUAGAGUUAGAGCAAGAAAUGAAAAAAGAAGAAGAGGAAGAAAUCAGGCCCAAUAACUUAAUAAGAUUUAUUUGAAAAGAAGUUGUGGACUCAACCGUGGGACUGAGCAGGAGGGUAAACAUGGCUGUAAUAAAAGUUCACCUAAAAAUAAUUGAGAAAAAUUUAAGAAAACAUGUUGUGAUGUUUCUAUUGGGAGAAAGUGUCAAUGCCGUUCAGUGCAACAGUGAUCUAUGUGCACUUAACUCAACAGAAUUGUACAUUAUUGCACUUCCUUCCAUGUUAUCACAGCAAAUAGGUACUUGGAGACGUGUUAUUAAGGAACUAUGAACUAUGCACAAUGCUCACUUUUUUUAGAAUAAAAAGCUUUCCCGUUUUCUUUCUUUCAACAAUGUUUGUCGUCUUCACCAGUGCUGCAUAUAAUCACCACAAGCUGUUUGUCCUGUCUGCCUUUAGUGUGUACGUGUUCAGAGUCUUUUAAAAAGCUACCAACACCAUCUGUUUACUCGCUUUUUUCAUGGUAUUGUACUGUACUUUCUCUAUGAAAGCUUUCAUUCUUCUCAUACCAGCAGAGGUUGGCUUUAUGCACAUGUGUAAUACCCACUAUUUUCGUUAUCUAUCCAAAGAGCCCAAUUGGUCCAUUAGCUGUCGACAAUGGGUGUUUUGGUCGUGGGGGAAAUGAAAAGUACAUCCUCUGGUCUCUUGUAACGGUGUAAUCUGUCCCUCGCUGUCUCUCACUUUUACUCGAAACCUCCAGCUCAACUCUGUGCUGUGAAGCCUGAAAAUGCCACUUAUACCACUUAGCAGAUUCCCUCAGGGUAAUGACUCUGGUUUACACUGACCCAUAUGCCAAGGCUGAGCAAAAGCAGCAUCAACUCCACCAUCUGAAGGGCUGCGAGCGUUUGUGCAUCCUCUAACAGAAUUGUCAUGAAAGCCAAAAUUCGAGUCAAGUAGACUUGAAAUUUUAGCUAUUAUUCUUAUCAGAUGCAGAUUUUUUUAUUACUGUUGAGUCAGGAAUGAAAAAGUAUUUGGGAAGUCAAGUUUUCAUCUCUAUAAAAGAUCUCUAUUCUAGACUCGCAUAGCCACUUUUGAAAGGAAAAACAGACGGAAAUAAACACCAGCAACUCGACUCUAACUGCACAUAUUUUAGGCCUGUGGGUAAACUGCACCAUCUUUAGUGUAAUUGUGUUGUUUUGCUUGUGUUAAUCAUAAUGACGAGCCAUUACCAAACAAGACAACACUGCAGUUUCAUAAUGACAGGAACUCUUUGUCUCCAAGUAUUUCUGCCUCUUGACAGCGCUGCUGAUCAACACGUGAAUACUUAGUUUGAAAAAUGACUCACCGACUUUCAAGUAUAAAAUGAGGUUUCUGGCAAAGGUUUAAUCUUUCCAUUUUUGCUUUCAAUCAGGACCAGCAAGAUUUGUUAGACUGAAAACCAUCAGUUUAAAGUAUGGAUUCAUCACAACAACGCCACCUCACACAGGAAACGGCUGAAGUCAGUGUCACAUGACUCAUUUCUCCAAAGAUGUAAAAUCUGCCUAAUUAAAUGUAAUCCUGAGAAGAAAGGCCAUCAACAAAAUGGUCAAAAAGAAUUCAUUUAGUUAAUGACCUCAUAAUGACCACUGCAGAGAAUUCAUUUGCAUUUUAUGCAGGACGUUAACAUGUGCUGAUUGAGUCUAAGCUAAACUGACAACUGACCCACUUGGUUAUGCAUGAUGAGACAUUCAGAACUGGUGUGUUUUGGGGACAGAGGGAUUAUAUCAUUUAUAUACUAAGAAGUAAAAAUGAAAAUCUUACUUGUAAUGAUUAAUUCAUGCUUUGAGGGCAAUGACAGUUAAACCUGUGUGAAAAAAGUAAGUAUCCUAAAAGAACAGGAAAAACUGUUUUAUGUGACAGAUUUUGGAAAACUUUGUUCUCUUUAUGUCAAAUAUCACCAGAUUUAAUCAAUGAAAAACAAUUUAAAAAAUGCAAUCCAAGUCCAUUUUGUUUUUGAAGUGAAGACUAUAAAUGGAAAAUGUUUUUAAAUGUUGUCAUGUAAUACCUAGAAACUUAAGUUUUAUCAUUACCAGCUAACAGUACUAAAUUUUAAUUAAAUUUAAAAAAACUAACUUUAACUCAUAAGAACCCAUAGUGACAUCAGUGUAACGGAAAAAUAUCUCAAAUGUUUUCUGUGGUCGACUUGGUUUGGUUCUUUAUGGGUUAAGUAUGUAGAUUUCCUUUUUUUUCUUUUUUUUUAAAAAAAGCUAAAACAUUACUGGAAACUGAAAUAAUUGGAAAUCAGUUUUUCCUGCUAGGCUUUUAAAUCAAUGGACUAUUUUGAUUCAGAAAAAAAAAAUACACAGACCACUAAUAAUUAACAGUUUUUUUCUUAUUUCUGGGAUUUUAAGAUGACUUUUAGGUCAGUCAGCCAUACCAUUUAACAGUAUGUUACCCAGUAUGAAUUUAGAUUUUCAAAAUAUCAGACUAAUGAAUCAUGGAUAGGUAAAUUCUUUGGCCUAAUAAUUUGGAAAAUCUUGAUAUGUGCUAUUUUUCUAUUGCUUACCAACAGUUCCAAGACCAUAUCCCUAUUUAUUUUAACAUUGCAAAUUAUCUUAGCAUAGUUUGAGAGACUUUACAUUCUGGUGAUUAUAUCAAAGAUAAAUUAGAAAGCAGUAAAAAAAAGUAUGAGAUGAGUGAUUUGCUGCAGCAGCUGAGAGUCGAGAUAAAUCAAGUUUUAUUGAAAAUGUUCCUGCCUCAAUCCCCGCCAGCAGUGCUUUAGAAAGACAAAUAACACGAGGACAAACUCCCGCAGCCUUUUGGAUGUUGCAGUUGGUGACCUGUUUUCAUGUUUAUAGGAAGAUACAUUAAAGCCAUGUUCAUCUGUAGAGAUCACAAAGUGAAAGUCCAGCUGUAGCAUCUUUAGUUUGGCAAACACUGGUGCUACAGGCUCCCCUCUUAAACAGUAACCGAAGUAAAUAGUAAGUGCCCCCUCUUGCAGCGUGAUUGUGCCUGUAGCAGCCCACCUGGAUUAUAUGUGUAGAGCAGAAGCCAAGCUGUGUAAGAAACAGAGGAUUGAAGCAGAUUUGGUGUUCUUGUAACUUUGCUGCUAAACGUACCCACAAAGACUUUUCUGUCUUCAGUGAAAAGAAUUAAUUAAAUUGAUUAAAACAGCAUUGUUGGUAUUUCUUAGACCACUGUUGCACUGAGAACAAAUGCAUAUCUAAUCUGGAUGAAAAUUUGAAAAGAUUAUCUAGUUUUCUAAAAAAUAAAAGGAAAAAAAACAAACUUUCUAAAGUGACUUUAACAUCAAACAUUGCUCAAUUCUUUCUUUAAAUGAGUUCACUUUAUUAUGCGGCUCUGAGACAUGCAUGUAAGGGCAGAUCUUCAACCUGUCUACCACUGAUGAUCAGUGAUCUCACAGUCAGUUUUACCACCUGCUUGUGAAAAAAGUCACUUUCCAGCCCCGUCGUCGUCAAGUAAGACAUCGCUACUAGAGCCAAGGAGAGCAAAGACACUGCACUUGUGCUUGCUGAUGUUAUUGGCUAGCUCAUGUUAUGUGUGUGGAUCUAUCCUCAGUGUCACAUGACCACUCCUGUAGCUCUCCUUUAAUCCUGAAGUAAGGAGCUGCAGAGCUGAAGCGCUCAGUGUGAUAGCCCUUGAUAGGAACCACUGUUGUAGAUAAUGCUGUACAUGUUUAGAACAUGUUCAGACAUGACAGAAGUGACUGUACAGUUUUCUUUAUGCAUUUUUGUGUGUUCUGGUUUAUGAAGGAAUUGUUUUGUAAGAAAAAAGGAAUUAAAUAUAUUGUAAAAAUCA